UCCCUCUCGGCUUAUCAUUUUGUCCAUCGGCGAACGCUCAGCGGUCGACCGGAGCUCCGGCGUUCCUGGUGUUGACGAGAGGAUCUUGAAGGGAGGCCUGCUUUGGAUUCUACAGCAAAGGAACAACCUCAUCGUGAUGCUAAGACCCACGUUCUCAUUCCUAAAGAUGCUGUCAAUUAUUCGUUUUUGCUUAUUGUACUUGCAAAUUGGUGGACAAAAUAGCAGGAUUAUUGGGGAUUAGCUGUUGAGCGUGGAAGGUUGAGAUGAUGGAUUACCAGAAUAACUUGGACUUCUAUCUCACAAUGUCUAGAAAGGAGCUCCAAAAAUUGUGUAAACAGCAUGAUCUUCCUGCAAAUAGAAGCCAUGCUCAACUAGCCAACUCACUGAAAAGAAAUGCCAGUUCAGCAGCUUUGUUGGAGAAUUCAAUUAAUUCGAUGGAUGGAUCUUCUAGAAAAUCAUUUGUAUCAGAACCAAAAGCUAAUUCUUCCAAGGUUGAUACACAUGGACUGUCUUCAGGUUUUAAUGAAAUUCGAGGUGAUGAACGACCAUUCUAUCAUACUGGUAAUCAAAUAGAUGUUAUUGACCACAUGGUCAGUCCAACUUCAGGAAAGACUGUUACAAAUGCUUUAUGUCCAUCAUGGCCUGCUAAUAGUAAUGGUACUGAAAGUAUUGGUUAUUCUACUUUUGAACAUUGUAACAAGGGAGUAAAAAGAUGUGUUGCUGCUGAUAUGAAAGAGACUAGAACAACCCAAAUUCUUGGUCUGGAGUGCAAGAAAACGAAUAUUAGAAGUGAAUUUGAAAAUUUGGUGAGACCAAGAAAUGAAGAGCAGAAACUGAUCCAUGAUGCUAUUAGAGACACUAAAACUCAUAAUACAGUUCCUAUGCCAUGUGAACAUUAUAAACUUCAUGAAUACUCCAUGGAAAGUGGGUUUGUAUCUUCUGAUGAAAUUUCUACAAGAACCCCUACCCUUCAAUUCUUUGUGAUGUCAGAAGGGGGAAUUAAUUUAUAUGUUGAUUUAAAUUCUGGUCCGUUAGAAUGGAUCAAUAGCAUGAAGGACGAAAUGUGUGUCCAUCAGAAUGCAAAACAUGAGACAAGGACUCUGUCGAAAGAUAUCAGUGAUUCUCCAGAAGUUGACAAUCAUAUUAAAAUAUUGCCAAUUGAUGACACUGGGAUGGACCUUCAAGGCAUUGAAGUUGAGCAGAACACUGGCUGUACUAAUUCAUCCUCAAGUUCAGUUAUCAGUGAAAAUUGUAAUUCUGAGGCAUAUCCACCCAAUACAACUGUAGUGACAUCUGGAUUUUCUAUUUCGACAUCAGGCAGUGUUCCUGUUUGUUUAUCAGUAUGUUUGGAGGAGAAUCAAGUGGUUUCAUCUUCCUGUGCAGCUUACUCCACACAAAACCACCUGGCGUUUGAUACUGCACCUUGCGCCCGAGAAGGGAUGUUGUUAACUCAAGACUCUUUUGAUGCUUCCUUUACGAUGCUUAAGGGCAAUGCAUCGCCACCUAAUGCUUCUAUGAGAUCUAUUACUAACGAGGAUGAUGGUGGCAUUUAUCCUGUGACAAAUGAUGGCUCCACUCCUAAGACUGCAUGUGUCGAUUUUGUUGAUGUUGAAGUUAAGGCUUUAUGCAACACACUGAAUGAUGUUCCCGAUAAAAAUAACCUUCCUAUGUUUAAGGAUAUGCAAGAUAGUGUGGACACUUACCAUUCUGGUCAUCUUAGAAAUCAUACUGGAGCUUGUGAAGGCUCAUUUAUAUGUUGCACGAAUGAGCUGCCAGAUAAUGUGUGUUCACAUGGAGGGCUGUCAAAUUCUUGUCAACUU